AUGCUGGCGGAUUCCUGCCUCGCCUUGAAGCGACAUCUGCUCCUAGGGCCUGAGCAGGGCGAGAGCGCCCGGUGCAGCGCACAGGCCGCUGUCUGCCUUCCGCCCGACACCCCCACGAUGGCCAAGGACAUCGCGGGAUCGCCGUCUUCUGCUCAGGCCCAGAAAUGGCUUGCACCUUUCGCGCCCAUGGGUCCGACAGCCAAGGCUCCGCAGUCCACGCAGGCCGCCUGGAAUCAGGCCCAGCAGCAUCGCAAGGCAGUUGCGGGCCGUCUUGAGCGCGCCGCGGCAAAGCGGGUUGAGUUGGAUCGCCAAAUUCCAGAAUCCAGCGUUCAGCUCGAGAAGCUCAUGGAAUACGACCUCGAGGCCGAGGAGGAGCUCGAGAAGGCUACAGUGGUUUUUGCUGCAGGAGUUCUCAAGGACGAACCCUCGGCCGUCAUCAAUAUCUCGCAACUCUUCCAGGGCCGCGCCGAUGAGCUCGCGCUCGGCUUCGGCGACCAGAUCGACCUUUCUGGCCCUGCUUUCCCGGUUGAGGAUCGCAUCCAGUUCGGGUCUGUUCAGCACGAGCAGGUUUCGACCGUCUUGGAGGGCGUGCCGGCCGUCCUGGAGGUGUCUGAAAGGGCGGAGUUCCAGGAUGGCCGGCCUCUGGAAGAGGCGCAGGCCCUUAUCGAGGUGCGGCGGCGCGCCAGGGCGCAAGGCGCUCCCAGCGCCGCCGCCGCCGAGGCCCAUCCCCCGGGCGAGGGCCCUGGGGAGCCAGCGGAGGACCGACGACGCCCCGACGGGCGACUUGGAAGACCUCAGCGCGGAGCGGGGAGAGGAGAGUGGGACCUGCUUUGGGCGCCCUUUCCACAGAUCGAGGUGACUAGGUGGCGCUGCAAGCUGCGCGAGGCGGACGGCUCCCCGAGGACAUGGACGGACCCAGACACCGGGCUCGAGCUCUACGCUUCCGAGGAACGCUGGUUCGCCUUCGACAACAGGCGUCUCUGCUGUCUGCAGAGGGCCGCGGCGCAGCACUGGCCGCGCGAGGUGCGGAUGUGCGUCGUCGUGGUGCCCCCCGCGCUGGCGCGUACGCGCGAGCUCCGCAAGUUCGACACCACGAACUCGGGGUCCAGCAUCUCCAUCGGGAGGCGCGACGACCCCGAGCCCGUGGCGUGGUGCUGGAGGACCGCGGUGGGCCUCCCGGCAGAGGACAGCCGCGGCGUGGCGCGGGAGAAGUCCUCGCGCUUCCGCGGCCCGCGGGGCAGCGCCAGCCGGCCGCCCGGAGCGGAGGAGUGGUCGCGCGGCAACGCGCGCGGCCGAGGCCGCAGGGGCCACUACAUCGACGAGGAAGAGGACGACGAAGGGUCGAGCCCUGACGUCCUCCGCAGCGCCAUGCUCUUCCUGCUGGUGUACCUCGGGCUGCGUCUCGUCGUCUCCGUGGUGAGGAAGACUAAUCCCGCUGCGUUUGGCGCUGACGGCGCUGGUCCUCUGGACGGCGUGGUCGCGCGGCUGGUGGGCGGGCUGAUCGGCGGUCAGAAGUGA